UUAUGGUGGUAAGCCAAAGAAAUACUUAGAUGCUCGGCUUACUGUCAAGAAAAUGCAUGAAAUGUUUAUAGAUAAACAUCCUGAUCUAGAAAAAGUUGUAAAAUACAACUUUUAUUACGGCUACUUUAAGGAAAAUUUUAAUUUCUCAUUUGGUCGUCCUCAAGUUGACGUAUGCUGUCAGUGCGAAAGUUUUUCCAGUAAAUUAAAGGAUCCCCUUAUGUGUGACAAUGCUAAACGUAAUGUUGCUGCUGAGCUAAUUCUUCACAAAAGGAGAGCAAAAAAAUUUUAUCAUUCCUUACAGUUAGCAAGUGAAGAUACAAAUGAUGACACUGUUGCUAUAUGUUUUGAUUUUAUGCAGAACCUCCCCCUGCCCCACAUACCCGUACAGGAGGUAUUUUACAUGAGGCAAUUAUGGGUAAACAAUUUUUGUAUUCAUGAUUUGAAAUCAAAUAAGGCCAAGAUGUACGUCUAUCACGAAGGGGAAGGAAACAAAUCUCCCAAUGAGGUGUGUUCUUUUAUUUUUGACUAUAUAAAAACGGAGAUCCCAGAUUCUGUAAAACAUUUGAUCUUAUUCAGUGAUGGACCUUUCGGCCAAAACAAGAACAACACUGUAAUUAGGUUUUUAAUGAAUUUGUGUGACAACUGCAACCUAGAGACAAUCACUUACAACUUCCCAGUACGAGGGCACUCGUACUCUCCUUGUGAUAGGGAUUUUGGUUGUAUAAAGCGUCUCAUAAGAAAGGUAGACAGGAUCUACACCCCUGAAGAAUAUAGAGAACUUAUUUUGAGGGCUAGUAAUACAUGCCGCUUUUCAGUUCACAUGGUUAAAACAGAUGAAAUCUUGAAUUUCAAGGACUGGUGGCCACUUUCUUAUAAAAAGUCCACUUCUGCUUCUGAUGAAACUUCAGGAAGGAAUGUUCCGAAAAAAGACAAGGAGCCCUUCAAACUUUCAACAUAUAAGCAGUUUUGUUUCAGCUCAAGAACAAAGGGAAAAGUAGUAGUGAAACCGUUUAUUGAUGGUAUGAUUUCAUCUACAUUCACCUUCCUGAAAUGUGAUAAGCCUCCAGAACUACCAAAUCAGCCGGCCUAUCCCCAAGGAAAGGUACCCAUUAACAAGAAAAAGAUACAGGAUUUGAGAAAAAUUAACUGA